AUCAGUUCUUACAAUUUUUAUAUUGAAGGUACAUCACAGAAGUGUGUUUCAAAUAGCGUCCGAUUAUCUCCCUAAAUAGUUUGGGCGUGUUUUUUACUGGCAGAAAAAUAACCAGAGUUAAAGAAUCUCUCAUUUGUAUUUUAUCAGACUAAUGGCAAGGCUUGCUUGGUAUGCCCGUAACUGUAAAUAUCACAGGGCUGUUCAUUUGUGAGCCUUUGACUACCAAAAACAUCGCGGGCUGGGACUGUUUUCCUGAAGGAUGAGGUCAUCUAGAGGCAAGUCUGCUCUCUUGCACAUCUCCGUUAUGUGUCACCAGCUACAACUUUAGGUUUGGUGGGUGCUGCAGCCUGCACCUGUCCAGGCGGGACCAGGGCUGUUGAGAGAGUAGAGAGAAUUCUACUGCAUCCUGCAGAGAGAGAAGCGAAUGUCCUAAAACACGCAGUUGGCAGCAAGGUGGACAGGACCGCUCGCACCAGGCUGCUGGUCUCCCCGUGUCCUGCCAUGCGUGUAUCCGGGAGUUGUGAAAUGAGUCAAUAGACUAGGGUAAGGCACGACCCCCAGACUCAGUCUUGAGAAGCAGUGCUGGACUGUUGUCAGUACAAGGGUGCAUUCGGCCAGGUGGGUGCACCCCAGGAGCCCCAGCACUUGUGUAUCCAUCAGCAGCAUCUUUGCUUUGCUAGGGUUCCUCCGAAGUUACCGAGGUGCAGGGAAGAGGAGGGGCCUCGCCUAGGACGCCCAAGUGAUUGGCUGUCCGGGGCCCGUGGAGAGGGCGUGUGGUCCAGCCCUGGUAGAGAGGGGCGGAGCGGCCACUAUUCCUACUACCGCCGCCGCCAACACAGUCGCAGCGACCGCAUACUCGGCCACUGGGCAGGUCGUGCUGAGCAGCGGCUUUCCGGGUUGGGAACGCCUUACUGGGGUUGUUCCAUACCCUGCCGGUACCUGGCAGCCGAGCAGCAACCACCACAUCUGACCCUGUGCGUGGUGUUCCGCUGGAUCUGCGCACGUUAAGUCCCCGAGUCCCCGCAGACCCCUUGCCACUAUGUCCCAGGCGGCUGCACUUGGCACCCUGGUGCUAUUGCUGCUGCCGCUCCCGUGCGGUACUGGGGUGCCUGGGGAUAACUCGGAUGUUGCCUUGGACUACUGGGCUUUGGAAGGCGAGGAGGGCACGGAGCAACAGCUGCAUUACCACGACCCCUGCAAAGCCGCUGUCUUCUGGGGAGACAUUGCCCUGGAGGAGGAGGAUCUGAAGUUAUUUCACAUCGACAAGGCUGAAGACUGGACCAAGCCAUCCACGGAGGAAAUGGGACACGGCACUGGUGGGCUUGAGGAGCCAUCUGCAAGGUGGCCAAAUGUUACAGCCUCCAAUACCAGCACCCAGGCAGCAAGAAAGGAUGGCAAGGAUGAUGUCACAUUUCUGCCUGGCCCUGGGACCUCGGACACCACCACAGAUAAGACCUUCUCUGCCCGGGUCCGAAGAGCCACAACCUCAAGGACAGAGCGGAUUUGGCCUGGAGGGGUCAUUCCUUAUGUCAUUGGAGGGAACUUUACUGGCAGCCAGAGGGCCAUUUUCAAGCAGGCCAUGAGACACUGGGAGAAGCACACCUGUGUGACCUUCGUGGAGAGGACAGACGAGGAGAGCUUCAUUGUGUUCAGUUACAGGACCUGUGGCUGCUGCUCCUAUGUGGGACGCCGAGGAGGAGGCCCACAGGCCAUAUCCAUUGGGAAAAACUGUGACAAGUUUGGCAUUGUGGCUCAUGAGCUGGGCCAUGUGGUUGGGUUCUGGCAUGAACACACUCGGCCGGACCGAGACCAGCAUGUCACGAUCAUCAGAGAAAACAUCCAGCCAGGUCAGGAGUAUAAUUUCUUAAAAAUGGAAGCCGGUGAGGUGAGCUCUUUGGGAGAGACUUACGACUUCGACAGCAUCAUGCACUAUGCCCGGAACACCUUCUCAAGAGGAGUUUUCUUAGACACCAUCCUCCCCCGUCGAGACGACAAUGGCGUCAGGCCAACCAUUGGCCAACGAGUGCGGCUCAGUCAGGGAGAUAUAGCUCAAGCCAGGAAGCUGUACAAAUGCCCAGCAUGUGGGGAGACACUACAGGACACAACCGGAAACUUUUCGGCACCUGGUUUCCCAAAUGGCUACCCCUCUUAUUCCCACUGUGUCUGGAGGAUCUCUGUCACCCCAGGGGAAAAGAUCAUCCUAAAUUUCACAUCCAUGGAUUUGUUUAAGAGCCGGCUGUGCUGGUACGAUUACGUGGAGGUCCGGGAUGGUUACUGGAGAAAAGCCCCCCUGUUGGGAAGGUUUUGCGGCGAUAAGGUGCCUGAGCCCCUCAUCUCCUCGGACAGCCGGCUGUGGGUGGAAUUCCGUAGCAGCAGCAGCAUCUUGGGCAAGGGCUUCUUUGCAGUAUAUGAAGCCAUGUGUGGGGGAGACAUCACCAAAGAUGCUGGUCAAAUCCAAUCUCCCAACUACCCAGAUGACUACAGACCUUCCAAGGAAUGUGUGUGGAGGAUCACAGUGGCGGAUGGCUUCCACGUGGGACUUACCUUCCAGUCCUUUGAGAUCGAAAGGCAUGACAGCUGUGCAUAUGACUAUCUGGAAAUCCGAGAUGGAUCCACAGAGGAGAGUGCCCUGAUUGGCCACUUCUGUGGCUAUGAGAAGCCAGAGGCUGUCAAGUCCAGCGCCAACCGACUGUGGGUGAAGUUUGUGUCCGACGGUUCCAUCAAUAAAGCAGGCUUCGCAGCCAGCUUCUUCAAGGAGGUGGAUGAGUGUUCUUGGCCAGACCAUGGUGGGUGUGAGCAACGCUGUGUCAAUACCCUCGGCAGUUACACAUGUGCCUGUGACCCUGGCUACGAGCUGGCUGCCGACAAAAAGACAUGUGAAGUGGCCUGUGGUGGAUUCAUUACCAAGCUAAACGGCACCAUCACCAGCCCUGGGUGGCCAAAGGAGUAUCCCACAAACAAGAACUGUGUCUGGCAAGUGGUGGCCCCUACGCAGUACCGCAUCUCCCUGCAGUUUGAAGCAUUUGAGCUGGAAGGCAAUGAUGUCUGUAAGUAUGACUUCGUGGAGGUGCGAAGUGGCCUGUCCCCUGACGCCAAGCUUCACGGCAAGUUCUGUGGCUCAGAGACCCCCGAGGUCAUCACAUCGCAGAGCAACAACAUGCGUGUGGAGUUCAAGUCUGACAACACGGUCUCCAAACGAGGCUUCAAGGCCCACUUCUUCUCAGACAAGGACGAAUGUGCCAAGGACAAUGGCGGCUGCCAGCAGGAGUGUGUCAACACAUUCGGGAGCUACCUGUGCAGGUGCGGGAACGGGUACCGACUCCAUGAGAACGGACAUGACUGCAAAGAGGCUGGCUGUGCGUACAAGAUCAGCAGUGCAGAGGGGACCCUGAUGAGCCCCAACUGGCCUGACAAAUACCCCAGCCGGAAGGAAUGCACCUGGAACAUUUCGUCAACUGCAGGCCACAGGGUGAAAAUUACAUUCAAUGAGUUUGAGAUUGAGCAACAGAAGCAGGAACCUGUGGUGGCUACAGGCAGCAGCCUGUUUCUCAGGUUUUACUCAGAUGCCUCGGUGCAGAGAAAAGGCUUCCAGGCUAUGCACAGCACAGAGUGUGGGGGCAGGCUGAAAGCUGAAGUGCAAACCAAGGAGCUCUAUUCCCACGCCCAGUUUGGGGACAACAACUACCCAAGCCAGGCCCGCUGUGACUGGGUGAUCGUGGCAGAGGAUGGCUAUGGCGUGGAGCUGAUAUUCCAGACCUUUGAGGUGGAGGAAGAGGCAGACUGUGGCUAUGACUACAUGGAGGCCUACGAUGGCUACGACAGCUCAGCACCCAGGCUCGGCCGCUUCUGUGGCUCAGGGCCUCUAGAGGAAAUCUACUCUGCAGGGGACUCGCUGAUGAUCCGACUCCACACAGAUGACACCAUCAACAAAAAAGGCUUUCAUGCCCGAUACACCAGCACCAAGUUCCAGGAUGCCUUGCACAUGAGGAAAUAGCGCCAAGGUUCAGGAAAGACAGAGACUAAGGAUGUUUUAAACACCUGUGAGUGAGCAGCCCCCAGUGUACAGCAUUUUUUUCAACAACAAAAACCCACACCACGUCCUUGAAACAGGUAUCUGGGUGAAAGUACAUGCCUUUGGCCAACAGGAAGAAAAAGAGUCCCAUUGGUUCUAGCUGCAGUGUUAUUAACUGCAGCUC